AUGUGCCACCGCCAGCACACCGUCCACGGUUGCGCCCACACUUUCACGACGUUCCACCCCUGCGCCGAGAAGGAAGACGAGAACACCUGCUCCAUCGGCACCAUGGAGCUCGAGCGCACGGAGAACAAGUUCUGCUUUGCCUGCGAGGAGGCCGUCGCCGCUCAGUACGAGAAACAUAAAGGACUGACGCUGGUACAGCGCGCGAACCAGGUGUCGGCUCCAGAGGUGGACAAGCCACAGAGCUCGAACGUCGUGAAGGCGAAGCAGAAGGAGGUGGGCGCGGACAAGAAGGCCUGGUUAGAGCAAUUGGCGGCCGCCGCGAAGGUCGAGAAACCGGAGGCGACCAUCAAGCCUCGUUGA